AUGAAUAAUAAGAUUCAUUUCUUGGGUAAUAAAUUUGCCUAUUGUAUCUCUCCCGUCCUAGGUUAUACAUACAAUAAGGUUGCUUAUAACCUAAGAGAUGCAAUGUUCUCUGCCCACCAAGCAAGUUUUAUUGCAGCUUUUUAUUCUGCACAGAGUUCAUGCAAUUUUGUUUAUUUAUACCACUGCCAUCAACCUCAUUGCCACAAGGCUCAUCAAACCCAAAGAACCAAAAAUAUGGGCGCUGGCCUUUCUCUGCAGAAGCUUGCACAUGGAAUUGACGAAAAAAAGCAGAAAGAACUUGGCCCCAUUAUAGAGGAAUUCUAUGAAAGCAAAGUCAAAAACGCCCAAAACUUCCUUGAAUUCUACCGAUUAGUAUGCGAGAUAAUCGAGAAACUGAAUGAAAGGCUCGGAAACACGCAGAUCAAACUUCCAGAGGCCGAUGAUCUUAAGGAUGAGUUUGAGAAGCGUCAUGGAAAGAAGAAAGACAAGGCACUGACAAAAGCAGAAUUCCAAGAUAUUAUGAAGAAUUUGGUGAAGAAAUCAGGAUUCACUGGUAUAGGAGCAAAGGAACUAGUAUUAUACAUAUUUGGUGUUCCAUUGACAGCUUUGUUGAUAAAGCAGAGAGUGAUGCCACAAGCAGUGCCUGAUGAGGUUUUCAUUCCGGGUGUCACUUCUGUAACGGUUUUCACACUUGCUGCUCUUAACAAGAUUUGAUGUUAUCAUAAUAAUCUGUUGCUUCA